GCGCCUCUGAGACGUAAAAUGCAUCUUUGCUCCCCACCCCCAAUUGGCGCUGCUUCCUCUUGCCUCUUCCCAUGUGGCAUUUUUAGCUGGUUUGGCAAUGUAGAUGGAUGGGUGGGCUUGUUGCUGGGUUAAGUUGGGCAUUGUAAAUAUUACCUGGGGUGCCUUUUUUUUAGUGUGUGUUUCCCUAUGGCAUUUUAAAUCUUCCCAUUUUUGCUUCGUUUCUGCGUCUUUUAACCUGUUUUGCUUUGUUUCUGUGUGCUAAACUGAACUGACUAGUCAGAGUUUCCAGUUUCUUUUGUACCUUUCGUGAGGGGAGGAAAUGACUUUACCAGAACUUGCUCCAAGUUGGUCACACACAUCGUGUCUUCAUAUCACAGGGACUUGCAGAGUAGAGAAAACUGUGGCCGGUCUCUGAGGUCUUUUUGGGGGGAACCUGCCUUGAUUUAGGAGGAGAUAAAAAUGACAUCAUCUUCGAUUAGGAGACAAAUGAAAAACAUUGUGAACAAUUAUUCAGAGGCUGAAAUAAAAGUCCGGGAAGCGACUUCAAAUGACCCCUGGGGCCCAUCCAGCUCCUUAAUGACCGAAAUAGCAGAUCUAACAUACAAUGUGGUGGCCUUUUCUGAAAUCAUGAGCAUGAUCUGGAAGCGGCUGAAUGACCAUGGCAAAAACUGGAGGCAUGUUUAUAAGGCUUUAACUCUGUUGGAUUACCUGAUUAAAACUGGGUCGGAAAGGGUGGCACAACAAUGCAAAGAGAACAUUUUUGCUAUCCAGACUCUGAAGGACUUCCAGUACAUUGACCGGGAUGGUAAGGACCAGGGAAUCAAUGUGCGGGAGAAGUCCAAGCAGUUGGUGUCCCUCCUGAAAGAUGACGAUCGGCUCAAGACAGAGAGGGCCCAAGCCCUGAAGACCAAAGAGCGUAUGGCACAGGUGGCCACUGGGGUUGGUAGUAAUCAGAUAACCUUUGGCAGAGGCUCCAGCCAGCCUAAUCUCUCCACCAGCUACUCGGAGCAAGAAUAUGGCAAAUCGGGAGGCUCUCCGGCCUCUUACCACGGGUCUACAUCACCUCGAGUGUCUUCAGAGUUGGAGCAGGCGCGGCCUCAGACGAGCGGGGAGGAAGAAUUGCAGUUGCAGCUGGCCCUGGCAAUGAGCAGAGAAGUUGCAGAACAGGAGGAGCGCCUUCGACGUGGCGAUGAUCUGAGAUUGCAGAUGGCUUUGGAGGAAAGUCGCAGAGAUACAGUGAAAAUUCCCAAAAAGAAGGAGCACGGAACUCUGCUGGACCUGAUGGAUGCCCUGCCCUCAUCAGUGCCAGCUCCUCAGAAAGGAGAGCCGUGGGGGCCACCACCUGCAGCUAGCCAAGCUGACCCAUGGGCCCCCUCCACAGUUAGCAGUUCCACCUCAGACCCCUGGCAGUCAUUUGGUGCCAGACCAGCCGCCUCCACCGAUCCCUGGGGAGCCCCAGCAGUGCCCUCUGCUGCCCAGCCUGUUCCAAAGAAUGUAGACCCCUGGGGUCCCUCUCAGCCACCCUCUGUGGCAACAAAAGCUGCUGUUGAUCCCUGGGGAGCAGUGCCAGCAAACAAGCCUCUUUCUGCUUCUGGUAGUAAAUCUUUUGACCUCUUCAGCAACUUGAAUGGGGCAAUUAAAGAUGACUUUUCUGAAUUCGACAACCUUCGGACAUCUAGAAAGCAAGGUUCCACUUUGUCAGCCCAGAACAGUGGCACGACCAGCCCUGAUCUCUUUGACUCUCAGCCUGCCAACUCAGCCUCGAGUAAACAAAGCACAGCUCGGAAAACUCCCGAGUCUUUCUUGGGCCCCAACGCUGCUCUGGUCAACCUGGAUUCCUUGGUGUCGAAACCUCCCAAGCCAGCCCCUUCACUGAACCCGUUCUUGGCUCCAGGAACGGCCGCCGCCGCCGCUGCUGCUGCCCCUGCUGCUGCCACUCCAGCUCCAGCUCUAAUCAACCCCUUCCAAGUGAAUCAGCCUCAGCCGCUCACUCUCAAUCAGCUGCGGUCGAGCCCCAUCAUGGGAAGCAGCCCGUCCUUCAGCAGUGUGCCAGCAGCGGGCAUGGAGCCUGUACCUCUGCCUUCCGUGGUACCGGUGGCGAUGGCACCCGUGCCAGUCAUGGGCACCGUGGCAUCUCUUACCAGAAUGGGCCAGGGGAUGAACGUGGGGCUUGUGGGCGCAGCGGCUCAGCCUCUUCACAGUACUGGGCUCCCGCCCUCGGCCUCCCAGCCUGCUAACGCUACCAAUCCGUUCCUCCUAUAAAGGCCAAGGCGGUGGAACCUAACUUGGCAAGAGGUUUUGCAGAACUGAGUGGAAUUUUCUGAGGCCGGUUCGGGCUGAACUGUGUGUGCACAAGAGACUUUGGGGGUUGCGGGGGGAACUAGGCUUGUGGUUUACAGUUGCAUUCGUUGCAGAUUUCUCUCCCUACUCACUGUUUAAUCUCAACCUAGUCUUCUCCCACAGAUGGUACUUCUUACUUUCAGCUUGCGGGAGCAUCGCAUAAAAGGUUCACACUUUCACCAUGAAAAUUAGAUUUUCUUCUCUCCCGCUCCCCCCCCUUUCGUUAAUCACUUCAACAUUAUAAGAAGUACCUGCCAUUUUUAAUAGCUCUCUUUGUAGACCACGUGCCGGACUGUGAAGCAGCUGCAACCUGCGUCUGCCAGAGCCCCAUCCUCAUAAAGAAUAGAUUGGGGACUCAAGGGCGCUAGUGGACAUAUUUGCACAUAACUAUAUACUGUUCUAGACUGUUGGUUCACCCAUAGUCCUUAUACAUCUUAGGAGAAGAGAGAGGGAUAUGGGGUGUCUCUCCCCUGCUUGUACACUAAAACAUGGUAGCGCAAACUGUACCCGUGGUCUGGGGUUGGGUGGGGUUGGGUUGGAGCUGGCGGAAAAGGCAAGCUUGUCGAAAGCGGGACAGAAGCAAGCUCUCAUUUGGUUGUGAAAUCCUACAGGUGUGCUGUUUUUUAUGCAGUGUUGAGUUUGUACCCUUUCAAGGACUCGUCAAGGACUUCUGUCUGAGUGGCUGGCAUGCUGCGCUUGUGUUCAGGAGUGUUUCGCUCUGUGCUUGUCCGAUAGUGAGUUCAUUUGGACAUUAAUGUGCGUAGUUAUCCUUUCUUUUAAAAAUUGACUUGCAAUGCAGGUUAUAAAUGAAGAGGGGGGGUGAGGGAGGAGGCAACAUUGAAUUCAACUUCAUUGGGGCAAGUUUGGGAACUAAUUUGGGAUGAACUCUGCUAAUAUGUAGUAUACUUUUUUGCACUUUUUUUUUUUUAAAAAAAGAAAGACUAGUACCAUUUUGGAUUUGAGUUGGCAAGAUUGGCGCUCGGUUUCUGUCUUGCUAAUUUUUAUAAUGUGGUUCUUAUUUAACAGUCUGUAGCUUCGAUAGACUUUAUCAGGUCUAGCUAAAAAAUUAAGUUACAGUAACUUUAUGAUUUAAUGCCCUCUUAUUUAUAUAUUUUAUACAUACAUAUAUAUAUAUAUAUAUUAGCUCUUGGUUUCCAUAAAGAGAAUUUAAAAGGGAAUACUGAUAAACCUUUUGCUUUUGGACGAAGAGUUUGAAAUGAAAACAGAAGCGCUCCUGUGGCAUAAACUUUGAGUGGCAUAUGAACGUAAGAUGUCAUUUAUAAGGAAAACACUACAGUUGCCUUUCCCCCCUCCCUGUUUUACGAUUAUGUCUCCCUCGUGUUGAAUGGAAAGACUCUGAAGCCUUUUAUAGACAGAAGAUCAUGAAAGACCACUUCUCUCUUGUAAUAACUUUGGGAAACUUUUAAAGGAAAACGCUGUAUGAUUGUUAAUUUUAAUCAACUAAAUUCUUCUAACUAAAGAUGCACUCUGUGCUAAUAACCUG